AUGUCACAGUCAGCGGCAUCGGCUGCUGCCCGGUUGGCGCGUAAGUUGGAUAAGUUCCAGCAGCAUCGUCGGGAUAUGGAGAGGAGAGCUAGAGAGCUGUCGAUGCUGGAGGAGCAUGAGGCCGAACAUAGACGGCUCAUGAACCAUGAUGAGACAUUGGCAUGUGAGAGGAGAAAGAAGAAAUUG